AUGGUGAACAAAAUGGAUGUAGGAGUAUCGAAAAUCCGAAACAAAUCCCAGUACUCUGUCGUCGCUCUCUUCCUCAUAUCUUUAGCCGUCACCGCCCCUCUUCUUCUAACCGGCGAAAACGGGAGCAUUCUCCGUGAGCAGGAAUCCCCGAAAGUCGGUCCUCCACCACCACCAUCGGCGGGGAGAUUAAGGAAAUGGAUUUAUGACGAGGAGGCGCAUGCAUCGUACAACGAUGGACGAUGCUCUUUCAUGAUGGGGGACUAUGCUUGUGAGAAGUUUGGUAGAAAAGAUUUGAGAUACCGGAAUUGGAGAUGGCUGCCUCAUCGUUGCAAUCUUCCGUGGUGGGGAUCGUUUGAGAGCUCCGAUGCAAUUUACAAGAAAGUCCAGAGUCACCUGCGGUUGUAUGAAAUGGCUUAACUAAACACAUGGUCAGAUUGGUUAGAGGUCAACACUAAUCGAACUAAAACAAAGUUAUUCUUCAUGAGCCUUUCUCCUACUCAUACAUUUGGUGAAAGAUGGGAUGUACUACAACAUUGCUACAACGAGACUCAGCCAAUUCUGAAUGAAGGAUAUUGGGGAGUAAUGGCAGAUCGCAGGAUGAUGCACAUAGUUGAAUCAACCAUAGAAAAAUUGGAGAAGAGAGGAGUGAGGGUGCAAUACCUCAAUAUAACACAUUUAUCAGAUUAUACAAAAGAUGCUCACCCAUCUAUUUAUAAGCAAUUUUAUGGAUCUCUAAGCCAAACACAUUUAGCUGAUCCUAAAACCUAUUCAGAUUGUCUACAUUGGUGUUUACCUGGAGUACCUGAUGUUUGGAAUCAAAUUCUUUAUUCUUACAUUAUGAAUUCAUAAUCAAAUGUAAGGCCACUAUUGAAAUUUUUUUUUGAUUAUAU